GUACCCUGUACUAUUUACCAAACUGGCCUUAUAAACAGAAUCGAAAUGUCUGCAUCACCGCCGCUCACUGGCACUCGCGUUGUAGAAUUAGCGGGUCUUGCUCCGGGUCCAUUCGCGGGCCUCCUGCUGGCCGACUACGGCGCGUCAGUGCUACGCAUCGACCGACCCAAUGCCGUGAGCGCCGACCAGCUAACCCGACAUAAAACAUCCAUCACGCUGGACCUCCGCGAUGCGGCUUCCCACCGCGCUCUCCUGUCCAUCCUGGCUACGGCAGACGUCCUCAUCGACCCCUACCGACCGGGAGUCCUGGAACGGCUGGGGCUCUCGCCCUCCGAGGUUCUUUUGAAACACAAUCCUCGUCUGAUCGUGGCGCGGAUGACGGGGUUCCGACGCGAUGGCAAGUACAAGGACAUGGCCGGUCACGACAUCAACUACAUAGCGGUAUCGGGUGUCCUGUCUAUGCUGGGUCGAUCGGGCGAGACUCCUUACGCUCCGGGGAACAUCCUGGGCGAUUUCGGCGGCGGAGGCGCUAUGUGUUUUUUGGGGAUCUUGCUGGCUUUGCUGGCACGCUCCCGCACGGGACGAGGGCAGGUCGUCGAAGCGAACAUGGUGGACGGUUCUGCGUAUCUGGCCGCGAUGCCGCGACUGUGCCGCCACACGCCGUUCUGGGAUCAGCCUCGCGGUCAGAACAUGGUAGACGGGGGGAGUCCGUUCUACGACACCUACGAGACCAAAGACGCAGGCAAGUACUUUGCCGUGGGGGCGUUGGAGCCCCAGUUCUACGCGGCGCUUCUGAAGGGCCUUGGGUUCGGCCCCCAGGAGCUGCCGUCGCGAGACGACCGCACCAACUGGCCAGUCCUGCGAGCGGCAUUUGCCCAGCGGUUCCGGGAGAAAACGCGCGCAGAGUGGGAGGUCAUCUUUGACGGCACCGAUUCUUGCGCAACGCCGGUGUUGGAACAGAGCGAGCUCGAAGAGAGUGGAUACGAGCAACGGUCGGCCGUCCAUCUGACUGAGACUCCGGCCUUGCCCAUAGCCGCAGACGACGGGGCCUGGUCCGGAGGCGGACUCGCUCCGGGAACCGGUGGGCAGGAGACACUGCAGGACUGGCUGGGAUGGGAGAAGGGAAGACACUACGGGGUUCGGUCUGAUGGGGCGCUGGUGCAGCAGGCAGCAGGCAGCAAGGCGAAGCUGUGAGUCUGGCCAUAGCCAGACUCACAGGGUUGUAAUGGGAG